GUUUGAUGGAAGCAGAAAUGAUUGCUGACAAGAAAAGAAGUUUUGAGCGAUCCUAUAACAAACCCAAGACCUGCUUCUCGGCUUGCUUCCGAUACAGAUUCGUGCAGUGGCUCAAGAUUGGCCUGAGUGCAGUCAUCUGCAUUGUUGCCAUUUCCAUUGCUGACACCUUUCUUGACCCGGUCAUGGAACCCUACCUGGGACCCCAAUUUGGCAUGGGCCCGGGGGAAGUUAGCCUCAUGUUUCUGGUAACCACUGGAUCAUUCACACUCACUGGUCCAGUGUCUGGAUGGUUUUCUGACAAGUUUCCAGAGUGGAGGAAGUUGCAGGUUGCUGUCGGGAUUUUGUUCACCUCCCUUGCCUUCAUGCUGAUGGGACCCAGUCCAUUCUUUCCUUUCUUCGAAUCCAAUUCGAUAGGUCUGCUGUGUGGAGCGCUGCUGUUGCACGGAGUUGCGAUUGCCAUUUGCUUGGUGCCCACAUUUUCAAUAUUGCUUGAUGCUGCUUUGGACACCGGCUAUCCUGACACAAUUGACACUUUCAGCACCAUCUCUGGCAUUUGGCAGUCGAGUUUCUCCCUGGGAGAAACCAUUGGGCCAUUUCUUGGAGGAGCGUUCUUGGACCUGUACGGAUUUUCAAAAGCAACAACUACUGUUGCCCUGAUAAUAGCUCUUUCGGGACUCAUGGUUUUGAUGGAGUUUCUCAUUUUCUUCAAGGGAUGCAGUCCCGCGGACAGGGAUUCAUCCUGUAACACAUCCUUGGAAUCCAGCAUCGAAAGUGGCCCUUUAUUGAAAUCCUCGGCCAAGAUCAACACUUAUUCUUCCAAUCACUAAUUUUCCUCAUGUUCUUCACUGUUUGAGCAGGAAAACACUGAGAUGCUUCUUGAUUAUGGUGUUUGUUGACAGUUUCAACCUGCGGAAUAAAUUUGGGAAACCAUAUUUUAAAUAUAUAUGACUCUUCUAUUAUGCUUGGGAGUCUCGCGGCCCACGAUGAGAAAAAUUGCCAUAAAUAUAGGUAAAUUUGUUUUUUAAAUCGAAUGCGAAGCUAAUUUAUAUAUACGAGUCUUGAAAUGAAACUUACCUAUAUUUAGGGGUUUUUUUUUCUCGAAAAUGGUGAGCACAAAAAAUAGUUGCAACACGCUUGAAAUCACUUCGCAAAUCGUUCUU